GCAUCUUUACAGGACUGCCUCUCUAUCACGGCUUGAAUAGAUUAGACGAAGGAUAAUUAAACAUAGCUUCCAUUUUUUAUAUUUAUUAUUUUUUGAGAAAGGAACAUUUGGAAAGGUUACCCCGGUCUCUCCUGGUUUAUCAUGGCGUGUUUCGCUGCCACACUUGGUGCCAUCCUUCUGUCUGGCUUCGUCAACAACUCAGCAGCAAACAAGGACACCUGUGACCUCUAUGCUAGAGCUGGACAGAGUCUUACUCUUCCUUUUGUCUAUGACGGACUGGUAAACCCACAUGUGCUGAAAUGGACUCACAAUAACACAAUCAUUUUUUACAGAGCGCAUGGCAAAGUGUCUGUUGGAAAGCCAGAAGACAUUUCUGCAACUGGAUCUCUUUUGUUGAAGAACCUCCUAUUCUCAAGUGCUGGGGUUUACAAAGCAGAUGUGCAGCAUCCAAAUGGUACUUUCAUUAAAACAUGGACUGGUCGUGUCUGUAUGAUGGAGAAGGUAUCAAAACCUCAACUCACCUAUGUCUGUGACUUCAAGUCUAGCGCUGUUAAUCUGAAUUGCAACAUACCCAAACCUCAGGGUUUGUCGUUCUCAUGGACACUUGAUGAAAAGACAUUAACAAGCGAAACAAAGCAAACACUGAGCAUAUCACUGGCACAGUUAAAGGGGGAGAGGAGCUUCACAUGUAGUGUGGCAAACAAAGUCAGCACAGAGAAGAGUAUCACUGUUCGUCCAAUCUGUAAAAGUCCAUCGCCAUCACCACCGCCUUUGUUAUGUUUUACAUCCAAAACUGUUGUGGCAAUGGGAGCAGGAGGAGUAAGUGUGAUUCUGCUUUUGCUCAUUAUUAUCUUCAUAUUAUGUUGCUGCUGCAGACGCAACAAAACCCAAAUGAGAGAAAAGGGGGAACUCAGAAUGCUUUCUCUAAACAAGCGAGAGCCUGUCUCCAUCAGCCCAGAAUAUGAGACCAUGCACCCGACAGAGGACUCUCCUCCCCCGAGCCCUAAGCCUUCACUAAGAGCUGGUUAUCAGAAUCUUUCUCAGCCUGAAGCUCAGACUGAAAACAGGCCUCUACAGCUAUCCACAGGUGCUGAGGGACAACAACCUUCACCUGUACCAAAGCCGAGGACAAAGACUCCCCUGACAUCAAACAUCUGAAUGUGCCUUCCUCCAGAAACUUUCAGGGACUAAGAUGAACAGAUAAUCGUGGCUUGAUAAGAUACAACUGAACCAAAAUGAAGAAAACAACUUAAAUCCACAAUUUUAACCUACAUGUUCUUUACCACUGUAACAAUUAUACAUAUAUAGAACAUUGACAGUGGAACUAUCUGUGUCUAGGAUUAAUGAGCUAAAUCACGAUGUGCUGAGGGCCUGAGAGGGAGAACCUGAGGCAGCAAAAUCUUUAUUUUCUUAAGUAACUUUAAAUGUGAUAUCACGUCUUACCUAAGCUGAAGUUUUGUCUUUAAUGUUUUAUAGUCAGCCUUUGAGAUUAUAGGUUUGUGGGGAGCAUAAAGGGGGUGUUGCCUGAUCCCUGAUACAGUUUAUGAUACAAGAAACUAUGCUGAAUGAAUGGAUGGAUAAAAUAGUUGGUGUAGUAGAUUCAAGAAUAAGGCCCAUGAUAUUGUAUAUUUUUCUUAAAGUCAAUAAAUCCCCAAACCAGCAAAGUAUUAUUCUUUCUUACUUUCCAACUUCCACAACCCUGUCUGUGGCACUCAGCCCCAAGCUCAGUGGUCACAUACAUAAACUUUAAUCUUUAAAAAAGGCUAUAUAAUUCACUAAAACAGCAGGGAACUGUAGUUUUUAGCUAACAUAACUCAAACAAGAGUAAAUUGUGUAUUUAUUGGGGACCAUUUUCAGUGACAACACUUCAGACUGCAGGACUGUGAAUGUGUGACAGACUUAACAUAAACAUGCGGUGGCUGUGCUCGUGGUAAUGGAGAAACAUGUCACACAGCGCAUACAGUGUGGCUUAUUUAAGUGUUUAUAAUAGUUUCUGAACCACGGUGGAACUCACAGCAGGAGAAGUUCAAUUAGCAUCUGGAUACACAGGCAAUGCUUGUUAGCAGCUUCAGUUAAUUCUUGGUUUUGGUCUUUCCAUGGAAUUUGACAGUAGCAAAAGUAGAGAAUGUCACCAGACUAAGGCUAUCAUUUAACUUUGUUUUUGUAAAGAUUAACUGGUACUGGUAUGAGAACUAAAGUAUUAGAGCAAAGAGAAGACAGACGUCUGAAAAACCAUAAACAUGAAUACGUCUGAAAAUGUAAACAUGUCUUUAUCCCUGCUAUCUGAGAUACUUUACCCAGUAACCUUUCAAGAUUAACGGUUGUGUUUUCUGUAAUAUAAUCACACUGUAUUUUUAUG